CAUUAUGUCCCGCCAAUCGGCAGUUCGAGCCGAUAACAGAAAAGUGGUGCGUUUCUUUGUGAUUUGUGUUCAAUUUUGGAGUGAAUGAACGGUGUUUUAGAGCAUACUAGAAGGUUAAUGUCGUAAAUUUGCUCUUUCGUCUUUCAUUCGAACAGAGUGCGGAAUUAUUUGUGUUGACACACGGAGCACUUGUGGCACAGCUCGUCAAAGAUUAUGAAAGCGACGAAGAAGUUAACAAACAACUUGAUAAAAUGUAGGUAUAUUAUCUGAAGAACUCUUUAAUCGUCAUUAGAAAAUUAAGUGCAUUACGUACUAUUCUUUUUAUGACAGUUGAUCUAGCUACAUGCAACUGCAGAAAUAGAACUCUACUUUAAUAUUCAAACCUCAACAAUUUCUUUUUAAGAAGAGAACUUACUGAGAGUAUGAUAUAUUACAGACAAAAUGAUUCGGGAAUAACGAGCAGUAGUUGAAGCAGGGUUAAAGAAAGUUUAGCAAUGUUUUCAGAGCUCCCUCAUCCUCCAAUUAUGGAUGUCACUAAUCUGCAGCCUCAUUUUGGUGAGGUCUACCCUACGAGCAGAGUCUCCGUCGAUCUUCCUAGAUAAGUCGGGAAGAGAAAGGAGACUCUGCUCGCGGCUUGCACUUUCUUUGAUUCGCCAAUCAUCCAAAAAAAAUGGAUGAGUCAGUCCAGUUUUGAACCAGUCAUACCGAUUUUCUCCUUCCUCCUCCCGACUUAUCUAGGAAGAUCGAAGGAGACUCUGCUCGCAGGGUAGGUGAGGUCAAGGUAUACAUCACAAAGCUAUAAAGCUACAAUGGAGGUCAAGUGUGGUGGGACCUCUAACAUGAUGUACCAUUAUUUAUUCCAUUAAACACUGUGGCGUUUAUUAAAUUUUAGCGCUUCCAAUGCAGCGUUUUCAAGAGCGGUGUUUAUUUGAGAGCGGCGUUAAUUUACGAGUGUCGUUAUUUCGAAAUCACUUUUUUAAAUCACUGAGAACAAUUAUUGUAAAUCUUUUUGUAAAUAUUAUGUAAUUUAAAGGUUCCAAUGUCGCAAGUCUGGAUGGUGUAAAUUGCCAAGUUGUACCAAGGUGUUUCUUAUUAGUCUCAAGUAAACAUCGCAUUCUUCUGAUUAGGUGGGCGUUUAUUCAAAGGCAGCGUUUAAUAAAAUAAAUACGGUAAUUUAUUAAAACUAAGCCCUACCCCCUCCCAUCCCAAACAAUGAAUUUGAAUUUUUUUCAAGAUGGGUGCAAACGAGUCCUUUUUCAGCACAACAUUGCUAGUGGGGAGGUUAGGGGUAGGAGGAAGGGUGCAGAGUUGGGGGAUGGAGGGAUGAAUGCAAAGCUGAUCAAAAUGUUCCCAUUAGAGAAGAAUCAUAUGCAAGUUCUUUUUACCUCUACUGCAGAUAUAAGUUGUGUUCAAAUGGUGGAUAAAAUUAGCUUACAUGUCUCUACUAGGAACUUAUAAAAGGGCUACACUAAAGAUUGCAAUUUUUGUAAAGAGAAAAGCUGUACAGUUGAACCCUCAUGUGCCUCUGCUUUUCCUAUAAGUGACCACUUCAUUCCAAAACAGAAAAAUUUUACCUGUCAAAGACCAAUAGUUAAAGCAACAGCCUCUUGAGAUCGUGUUUUACCUGGGUCAGGUUGAAAACCUUUUACUACCUAACCUUUGUCUUGGGCGCCACAAUAAUAUUGUUAUUCCUGAUCCAAGCCCAUUCAACUGUUCUUCCGGCUGGGAUCUCAAGAGCAUCUACAGCUUAAGCUCUCUAAUACAAUCAAAUAUCUGCCAACAUUAUCAUUACAUAACAGAAUAAUGCAACCUUCUACAAUUUAUUGUUUCAGGGGCUACAAUAUUGGAGUAAGAUUAGUUGAAGAUUUCUUAGCAAGAUCAAAUGUCGGUCGGUGUCACGACUUCAGGGAGACUGCUGAUGUUAUUGCCAAGGUAAACUCCACAUGUAUUCAAGACAUUAACUUUGUUUUGUAACACAAUCCUAUUUGGUAUAAAGAUUAUGUUGCAUUGAAAAGGGCCCCUGCUGCAACAGUAUCACAGAGGUCAGUGUUUGAAUUUCAGCAAGCCUGAAUUGUUUCAAGCUCUCUUUUCACAACUGUGAUGAUCACUUCUGCAUUUAUUUUUCUAUCCCUCUGUUCAAAUAUAUUUUCAUAAUUUCAGUGUUAUGUUACAUCUGAAUUAUUUGUUUCAGCUAUUUGCUCAUUUCUUCUAGCCUCUUUGCCUUAACACUGCCAAGAGGACAUAAAUCUAACUGAAAAUAAAAAUGCCAGUUAUUGCUUGUCAUUCACUAGAAUUUAUAUACUGAUGAGCUUCAAAUCCUUCUGCCAACUCCCUGUCACAAACACUACAAGUGAUUCUUGGUGUUGUGGAAACUAUUGUUGGUUAGCUAUUGUGUUGUGGUGUGGGUAUUGUGCGGUGUCCUUUCAAACUUUUGUUUCAUGUCAGUUAGUGAUUGACCCAUCUGCAACACCAAGAAACUGCCAAAAACCACCAAGGAAGGGUUGGAACGUAAGAAAUAACAUUUAGAUGACCUCAUAUUAAUGAAAGCUCAUCAUAAAGAAAGUUGUUCAUAAGUGCCUAUUGUAAUUUUGCUAACAUUUAGAACUUAUAAAUUACUAAUCUUAUUUUCAAUUUUAACUUAUUUAGGUAUAGGCAAGGUUAUUGUUUACUUUCAUUCUUCUUGUUCUUGUCUUUAUAGCUGGGCUUCAAAAUGUUCCUUGGAUUUUCCCCAGUGGUAACAAACUGGAGUGCAGCAUCAGAUGAAUUCUCUUUAAUCUUGGACAACAACCCUCUGGCAGAGUUUGCUGAGUUACCAGAAGGUCACGAGGGGCUUCUGUUUUCAAACAUUCUCUGUGGUGUGUUGAGAGGAGCCCUAGAAAUGGUAAAAAAUUAUACUAACUGCUGCAAAAAUUAAUACAGUUGAACCCCUGUAGGUGAUCACCCAAAAUCAAAGACUUAGUGGUUCUUACAGGAGGUGGUCACUUACCUGACAAGAACCAUAGGGGGCCUCUUCCGAGAAGUUGUCCGAACACAUCUACUUUAUUAUGGAAGAUUAUUUUAAUUAUUUGUUUUGAUUUCUAAGUAAUACGUUAUGUGCAGUUCCACAUUGCUACUAAAGUUCUUUGUAUAUUCUAAGAACAUAAUACACACAGCAAACAUAGAAAUCAGACAAUUUGUCAAGUGGUCACUUUCAAGAGGUUAAAAACAGUGGAAAAUCAUUGAACCAUCUAGCCUCAUGUGUGGUCAUGGUCACCUACAGGAGGUGGUGGUUUACGAGAGGUUCAAACUGUAAGGUGUUGAUUGGGAAAAAUUUUGGUGUUUUGAAUUAGUGGUAACUUAUGGGAUAGGAGGUGGUCGCUUUCAAGAGGUGAUCACACAUGGAGAUUUUACUGUACUUGCUGUAUUUUCAACCGUCACACACCCUAAAUUUUACCCGUUCAGGAAAAUAUUGUCCCUCCUUUGUCGUAUCCUGGCUACUUUUUAGGCACAUUGUCAAGCUGUAUGGUCUACAAAUUUUAAUAAUUCUCAAGAUUACAUGUUGUAAUCAGUAAGAUGCCUUUUCCAUUAUGUUGAAGCCAUUUUUGAAAAUUUGGAGUCACUUCAGACUGUAUAAAUGAAGUAUUUUUUGUGUGCCUACUCUGCAAGAUCUGCUAUCUAGAGAUACUGAUCUUUGGAAGUGGAUUCUUCACAGAAUGUGAUUAAUUCUUACGUUGUGUGAACAGGACCUUUCAUAUACACAAAAGCUGUUCUUGGAAUUAUUGGAAUUAAUAAUUAGAAAAUCUGAAAAUUUGGAGGUCCAAAUUAAUGCACCCUCAGCACUUGAAGGUGUAACUGUUUUGGUUGCCAUGCUAAGUAGAAACAAAUGUUGGUGAUUAAAAUAUGCUGUAUAAGUAUAAAUGUGGCACACCAAAGUGUUUUUGUUAGUUCAUGUUUUUGGUCUUUCUACUGUAAAAUUACAGUGAGAUCACUAUUAUUUAAUUUUUUGCUCUACUUUCUUUCCCACCCUGGCCGACCAAUUAUUAAGCCUUGAGAUGUCAUGGGUACCUCCAUUGUGGUUUGCAACAGUCGGGUAGCCAUUAGGUUGCUCUGAUAAAGAAUUUUUUUUUGACAACCAAUAUCCUAUUUGACCUAUUUCUGGUGACCAUUUUGUAAUAUGAAAAGGUCGCUAAAAGGCGAUUUUUUAAAAAAUAGUUGUGAAUGAAGCACUGACCCUGAGUGUAUGCUGUUAUAAGAUGCCAAGUAAUUGAAUAUUUUGUUUCUCUGUUUAUGUUUUCAAGGUGCAAAUGGAAGUUGAUGUGUGGUUUGUUCAAGAUUCCUUGCGUGGAGAUGAUACUACUGAAAUUAGACUCAAAUUUGUUAGGAAAUUAGAAGAUGCUUUGCCAGCUGGCGAGGAUUAGAAACUUUAUUAUGUAUUUUGACAUUUAAUGUAAUGUAAAAACAGCAGUUUUAGUAACACAAAAUGUGAUCAGGACUAAAGCUUUAGGGAAAGAGAGAAUUUGGAAUCUUAAUAUUUCUUCAGCACAAGAAAUAGGCCAUUUCUGAGUUGCUCUAAACCACUGCUUCAUAGCGAGGCUAAGUUUGAAGCCAUUUAUAUGAAACUAAUUUUUAAUUAUUAAUUAUUAAUUUUUAAUUAUUUUAAUUAUUCUCAUGCAAAUGAAACUCGUUUUCACAAUAAAGGUUGUGAACUUAGGGCCUGUUUACAUGGAGGUGGGGGGCCUGAAGGUAGGUGGGGUAACCCGCCUGUGCAUACAAUCUCUCAUAUUAGUUUGAUCACGUUUACAUGAUGGGUGAGGUGAUCAUAUGAGAGUUUAUAUGGACAAGCAGGUUACCACACCUAAGCAAGUUACCUAACCUACUUGGAUCCCCCACCGUCGUGUAAACAGGCCCUUAGCCUCGUUUUGAGUGUGAGAGUUUUUGGAACUCGAAAAUGGCCUAUUCGUGAAAUACUUACAUGUAAAUUAUUGUUAAUCCAUUCAGUUACGUGACGAACUAAUCUCACAGUUAAAUAGUUGUUUCAUUAAAAACAUUUGUGGCCCUUAAUUCUGAUUAGCUUAGGUUAUCCGGUUUCUUCAGUUUAAGGCAGUGUGGGUUGUUUCGAUUUUAGGUAGCUGGAACAUAAAUAAUCUGAUAAAAAAGGAUCAUUUUGUUAAUUAUAGCUGUCAAAUCUUAUUUGUUUAGGAAUCAAAGGCCUUAUGCUUGUUUGGCGAAUAGGUUAUAAUCUAAAGUAGCAGUCCUUGAAACCAAUCGAAAUUGGCAUUCUCUGACCGAGAGGAAUAGUUGCUUAUAUCAUCAUUAAAAAAACAAUGGACAGGUUUUUUUGCCAAGUGAUUUGGCAGGGUAUACUCACACCAUGCGUGCAGAGUAAAACGUGAGCUGGAAAGCACAGUCGGUAGAGCGCUUUACUGUAGAGCGGGAGAUCGUGGGUUUGUUUCUGUUGUUUCCUAGGGCCGGACCAAUACUCUGUAGGGUCUAUAGCUGGGAAAUGAAGGCACUGCCCCCUGAAACGGCUACACCUUUGUGUGGCUCGGAUGACCACGUAAAAUGGCGGUCCUGUCUUUGGGGUUACCGAUCGUUUCGACACAAGUGUAAUAAUUAUUCAGUCGAGUUGUAAAUAUUUUCACGUGCUUGGCUUAAAGAACGAAGAAUAUUCACCCAAAAUGCUUUCCUUGUUCACGCGCAAGCUAUACUUGAAGUGAUCGAAAUUUAUGUGCAAUUUCACUGCUUGAGUUUGUAUCCAAACGACUGGUUACCGUCUUUAGAAGCGGACGUAAAAAUUGUGUCUAAUUAGCACUUUCUUGCUAACACGUUAGCAUUCAAAUAAAGUACUUAUGUGGCCCUUUUUUGUAAGAAAGUGCAACUGCCUCUUGCAUGUACAUCCCAACGGUCUUGCGCUAAGUGAUUACACUUAACAAUCCAUCCGAAAUGGUACUCUCUUCUUGAACCAACUGAGUAACUGACCCAAGUUUCA